AUGGCAAGUCUUUCAAAUCCGAUUGAAAAUCAUUCUGGUUCUAAAGUAGUUGAUAAUAUUUUAGAUGCUCGAGGUUUUACAGAUACUACUGUAUUAGAUACAAGCAUUCAACCAUUUGAAUGA